UGCUGACUGACAAAAAUAAUCCAACAAGUUUACAGUUUUGCUUCGAAGAUUUCGGAUCGCCUAAACUUCCGAAAUGGUCAAUAACAGUUGUAAUUGCCACUGUAUUCAUCAUCAGCCAGGUGUCCGAGCGGUAAAAGAAAGUGUUAUGUGGCUUUGCACGUUUUCCUUUCCCAGUAGACUUUUGCUUAAUACAACAAAUGCAAUUAGACUCACGUGAGAGAAUGUAAACAAAGCAAAACACAAAAAAAAAAACACGCACCAUAAAAACAAGAGCAAUAACAACAAUAUUCAGAUAUUAGACAUUUUAAACAUUAUUUAUUAUGUUGGCUGACAACUGGCAAAAGAUCGUCUUUCGUGGGUUAAUUUAUACACGGACAGAGCACUAUGACCCUCUCUUUAUAUUUCACAGUUCGUCUGUGUUGAAGUAGUUAAUAUAUAUAUAUUUAAGUUUAUUUUCUUGUAUAUCAGGGUGGUGCAGUUUUUCCACCUUCAACGUCUUCCUCCACCCUCAACCUCUUAUAAAUAGCUCGUAACACAAUUGUUGACGUAUUGAUUACGCUUUCGCUUAUUUAGCUCUCGGGUCAGCCCUAACCUGAUAGCCUAAUGAUACCAGGUAUUUCUGCCGUGACGAUCACAGUCGUUUCAAAACACGGCUGCUAUUUCCAAGCGAUCUAACUUCUACAUUUGAUCGGUCUUGCCUUAGCAGACUUAUGAUAAAAGGCAAUUUAACCUUCAUUUCAUAGUAUAUUUAAGAUUAUAUUAUCCAAUGCGUACGUCCUUUCUUUCCAUGUUUUUUAAGAUAAUAAUUUCUGGGUAACUUUGGCUAUUAUUUCUGGCAUGUGCAGUGACCGACCUGUAACAUCUCCCGAUGAAUCGCUAAGUAUAUUUGUAUAAGCCAAUUGUAUAACUCGAUGACAAGCUGUAUAUGUUUACAUAGGGCCUGUUGCCAUCCGUGUAUUAUCAUAAAUAAUCGAGUCUUUUAAGUGUUCAGAUCAUUAUUGAUUCCUUUCCUACUGACACGACGUGUAAUAACCUAAUUCUGUAAAAUCAAGGAUUCAUCUUAACUGAAAAGUAAAAGAACGAGGAAGAAAAAAAAAACAAGGAAGAACUUUUAAAAUGUCGAUUUUUUUAUCUAUAUUCUUUGCAUUCUUAGCAAUCUGCUUGUUGCUGCACCUGCAUACAUACAACAGCAACAAAUUAAGCUCUGACAACCUUGCUUAUCACACCCUCCAACGGACCUACCUGGGCGGCUACCUGCUUGCAGUUGCUGGUGACUGGCUCCAGGGCCCCCAUCUCUAUACUCUUUAUAACUCUUACAAUUUCUCAAAACACCAAAUUGAACUCCUGUUUGUAGUGGGAUUUAGUUCUGCUUUGAUAUUUGGGACUGCAAUUGGAACUUUUGCAGAUAAGCUUGGCCGUAAAUUUAAUUGUAUACUGUAUGGAAUUUUCUACACCAUCUGUUGUAUAACAAAACAUUACAAUAAUUUUUUUGUCUUGGCUGUUGGCUGUAUUCUUGGAGGUGUUUCUACAUGCAUUCUCUUCAGUGCCUUUGAAUCUUGGCUCAUCCAUGAUUUCAACAGACAAAAUAUUGACAAAAGCCUCCUGGGAAACAUCUUCAGUACAAGUGUCCUUUGUAAUUCAAUUGUUGCCAUCCUCAUGGGUCUGGUUGCACAACUUUCUGUAGAUGCUUUCGGUUAUACGACUCCAUUUGAGAUAGCAGCUUGUUUGUUCUUUUUGAUGAUUGUUUACAUAACAUGGAACUGGAAAGAGAAUUAUGGCAGCCAAGAGACGUCUGUCUGUUUGUCACUAGGAAAUGCCUUUCAAUUAAUCAAAAGUGAUUAUAAAGUGCUGUGUUUAGGAAUGAUACAGUCCUUAUUUGAAGGUUCUAUGUAUGUGUUUGUCUUGGAGUGGACCCCAUCACUUAACUAUGCCAAAGAUUUCCUAGUAAUUAAAGAACCUUUACCCUAUGGUCUGAUAUUUUCAAUUUUCAUGUUGUGUGUAAUGAUUGGUUCUUACAUUUUCAAGAUACUCUCGCAAAAAAUGCCAGUUGAGUCAUUUAUGAGAUAUGUUCUGAUAGUUUCUGCUGUUUCUCUUAUGGUUCCUCUUGCCUUCCGUCACCACCUGUUCAUCUUAUUUGCUGCAUUCCUUGUGUUUGAAGUUUGUGUUGGAAUCUUUUGGCCAUCCAUUUCAACACUGAGAGGGAAAUACUUGAAAGAUGACACGCGGGCAACUGUUAUGAACAUCUUUCGUAUUCCACUGAAUCUCAUUGUGGUAACCAUCUUACUAUCUAAUCUAUCUCAUGAUGUUAUCUUCAUCUCUUGUUCUGGUUCUCUAAUACUGUCAUCGAUUUUCCAGCACUUCCUAUUUAAUUUGUGCCAAGAAAACUUGGAUUCAUCUCCCUCUUUAAACAAACAACAAACAAUUUAAGUAACUCAAAAGACAGCAGUCAGUUUUAUGCAUCAAAGAAAUAUAUCUUCAAUUUUUUAAUAUGGAAGACAAUGCUUAUUAUCUC